AUGGAAUACCUCCUCCUCAUCUUCCGCAAAUGGGGCGAAACAGAAACAUACUGGCUCAUCAACAGACCAGGCCUCCCCGUCUCCCCUGACUCGCCUCUCCUCCACAAUACCCCAGCCGAUCCAAUCCUCAUCCCUGACCUCCUCGCAUCGCUCACUGAGACCCUGACGAGUGAUAUGGCAGUUUACACGGGGUAUCAAUUUACGAAUACCUGGUCCACAACCACAACCACAACCACCAAUGACUCAAAAUCAAUAGACCACUUCGUCCUCCUCGAACGUUAUAACUCCACACGCAAGGUCAAGCCCCAAACUGAUCCUCAGAACCAGAACCAGAACCAGAACCAAGGAGAAGCAGAAACAGACACAGAAACCAAAGACUCAAGAAACACACCCCAUCACAGCAUACCCGGCUCCAUCAGCUGGGUCUCAAGAGACAUGUCGCGCAUAAACGAGCAUCUCUCGCAGGCGCUCGAGAUCUGUGGAUCGGAUCUGUGCGCGUUGCUUGUGGGGAAUGAAUGA